ACUUGAUCUGGCAGCACUGCAGGCAGCACAAAGUGCGAAGAAGAGACGGGCUGGUGUCUGCUGGAGCAGCCAAUAUGACCUUGCCUAUAUUAUUGAAUCGAAACACCGUGAAGAGACUUCCGGUGCAAAUUCUGGCCCGUAUGUGUCAUGGAGGGCCGGACUUGGACCCUGAGUGGGCAGAGAUGGCAAAAAAACAACUGAAGGGAGGUAAUCCAACCAAAAUGCUGUGGGAGACACCUGAGGGAAUCACCAUCAAGCCACUCUACACUGCCCAGGAUACCACCAGAGAGAGCAAUGAGCUACCUGGCAAGUUUCCCUACACAAGAGGGCCGUACCCUACCAUGUAUGCCAACCGGCCUUGGACGAUCCGGCAGUAUGCAGGCUUCAGCACAGUGGAGGAAAGCAACAAGUUUUACCGACAGAAUAUCAAGGCAGGGCAGCAAGGUCUGUCUGUGGCCUUUGACCUUGCCACACACAGAGGGUAUGACUCUGACAACCCCCGUGUUCAUGGAGACGUGGGGAUGGCAGGUGUGGCUAUCGACUCAGUGGAGGACAUGAAGACGCUUUUCAGUGGCAUUCCUCUAGAUAAGAUGUCAGUGUCCAUGACCAUGAAUGGGGCUGUUAUUCCCACCAUGGCCAUGUUCAUUGUGGCUGCUGAGGAACAGGGUGUGAGCCAAGAGCAACUCUCGGGUACCAUCCAGAAUGACAUCCUGAAGGAGUUCAUGGUUCGCAACACCUACAUUUACCCUCCUGAGCCCUCCAUGAGGAUUAUUGGUGAUAUUUUUGGCUAUACAGCUGAGCAUAUGCCAAAAUUCAACAGUAUAAGCAUCAGUGGCUACCAUCUUCAAGAGGCUGGAGCAAAUGCUGUGCUGGAAAUGGCCUUUACCCUUGGUGACGGUCUGGAGUAUUGCCGCACGGGACUCAAGGCUGGCCUGGACAUAGACCGUUUUGCCCCACGUCUUUCCUUUUUCUGGGGUGUUGGCAUGAACUUUUAUAUGGAAAUUGCAAAAAUGCGAGCUGCUCGGCGCCUCUGGGCUCACCUGGUACAGGAAAUGUUUUCUCCCAAGAACAAGAAAUCCACCAUGCUGAGAGCUCACAGCCAGAACUCAGGCUGGUCCCUCACUGAACAGGAUCCAUACAACAACAUCAUUCGCACCACAGUGGAGGGUCUUGCUGCAGUGUUCGGUGGCACACAAUCCCUCCACACAAAUUCCUUUGAUGAGGCUCUUGGGCUGCCCACUGUCUUCUCUGCUCGCAUUGCCCGCAACACUCAGAUCAUCCUGCAGGAAGAAACUGGCAUACCAAAAAUCAUUGACCCCUGGGCAGGAUCCUAUGCCAUGGAGGCACUAACCAAUGAGGUAUAUCAGGCUGGCAAGAGUGUCAUUGAGGAGGUGGAAGCCAUGGGAGGGAUGGCAAAGGCUGUGGAGUCUGGGUGGGCGAAGCUGAAGAUUGAGGAAUGUGCAGCAAAGAGACAAGCUAUGAUAGACAGUGGGAAAGAAGUGAUCGUAGGCGUUAAUAAGUACCGUCUUGAGAAGGAGGAAACAGUUGACGUCCUGAUGAUUGACAACAAUGAAGUUCGUGAGACUCAGAUCAACAAACUGAAGCAGGUACGGGGGAGCAGGGAUCCUCAGGCUGUGCAGGCAGCAUUGGCCAAACUGGAGGCAGCAGCUUUGGGCAGCGAGAAUCUGUUGGCUGCAGCAGUGGUGGCUGCUCGAGCCCGGGCCACUCUGGGAGAGAUUUCUGCAGCUAUGGAGAAGGUGUUUGGCCGACACGUAGCGAAGGAUCGCCUGGUAUCUGGUGCCUAUAGGACAGAAUAUGGUGACCAAGAUGAACUGUCAGCUGUCACUGCCAAGAUUGAGGAGUUUGUAGCAGCAGAGGGACGGCGACCCCGGAUCCUUGUGGCCAAGAUGGGUCAGGAUGGCCAUGACCGUGGAGCAAAGGUUAUCGCCACAGGCUUUGCUGAUCUUGGAUUUGAUGUUGAUGUUGGACCACUCUUUCAGACAGCAGCUGAGGUGGCACAACAGGCAAUUGAUGCAGAUGUGCAUGUGGUUGGAGCGUCUUCCCUCGCUGCUGGUCAUCGAACAUUGGUCCCUGAACUGGUUCAAGCCCUGGCUGACUUGGGACGACCAGAUAUCUUGGUGAUUGCUGGUGGGGUGAUUCCUCCACAAGAUUAUGACUUCCUCAAGGAGAGUGGUGUGGCAGCAAUCUUUGGACCAGGUGGGUGGGCAAGACAUUAAUUAUGUUCAUCUUUC